UGACGCAUUGAAAAAGAACGCUGUCAGUGGGCUCGCCCUGCAGUUCCUCCGUGUCCGUGUUCCCCGCAGUCCGUGAUCGUCUCUGUCGCCGGCUCCGCGGUCUCUGCCUCCGUCUGUCCUCAGCUGAAGCUUCUAUCGACGCCAAAAUGUUUCUGUUAAAAGGAGUGAUCGGGAGCGUCAUCAAAUCUGUGACCGACAUCGACCCGUCUCAGUUCAUGCCGUCAGACCCUCCUCCUCCCCGCAGACCUCUGCAGUUCGCUGAGGCCAAUGAGAGCGAAGAGGAGAAACAGUUUCGGAGGGUUUUCAAACAGCUGGCUGGAGAUGACAUGGAGGUGAGUCCCAAUGAACUGAUGAACAUCUUGAAUAAAGUGGUCUGCAAACAUGGGAAGCUGAAGACCGACGGCUUCAGCAGUGAGUCCUGCAGGAGUAUGGUUGCUGUGAUGGACAGUGACAGCACAGGAAAACUGGGCUUCCACGAGUUCAAGUACCUCUGGAAUAACAUCAAGAGAUGGCAGGGCAUCUACAUUAACUAUGACACCGAUAACUCAGGUGUGAUCAGCGCUAGCGAGGUGCCUGGUGCCUUCAAGGCUGCAGGCUUCCCGCUGAAUGACCAGCUCUACAAGAUGAUUAUCCGUCGCUAUAGUGAUGAGAACGGCGAUAUGGACUUUGACAAUUUCAUUGGCUGCCUGGUGCGACUGGACGCCAUGUGCAGAGCGUUCAAGACGCUGGAUAAGGACAACAGCGGCACCAUCGAUCUGGACGUCAAGGAGUGGCUUCAGCUCACGAUGUAUUCGUGAGGCGACGGAGGGAAGCCUCUCCACAGCUUCUCACUUCUCACACCUUCUCCUUCCUCUCACUGAACCCGCGAUGCGCAGUUAUCGUCUUCAUCUCUGUAACGGGACCAAAACGCCGGCACUGAGCAGACACGAAGGGAAAGCUCGUGCUGCCGUUGCACUCUCCGGCGCUGCGGCAUCUCUGUGUUAAAGAUUUCUGUUCUUUUGUCUCUAAAUGAAUUUUAUUAGGCUGAAAGUUUGAUGACUCUGAAUGUUUGAAAGAAUAAACUGACACAGCUGAUGCUACA